AUAUAAAUGAGGCCAAACAGGGCUGUUGAACACUGACAAGCACCUGUGGCUGUGUGUUCACUGCUGGGAUUGCUUUGACUACCUUGAAGCCUCCUUGAUUUUGCCGGGAAAUCUGAACAGAACACAAAGCAAUGGCCCUGUACACCAUCCUCCUCUUCUCUAUUAGCUGGUCUGCAGCCCUGCAUGAAGGGUUAGGCUUGCCUGUGAUUGGCCAGUCAGAUGUAAGUGGCCCGGAGCAUGCGCGUAGAGUGCGGACCAAACGAUGCUCCUGCAACAACCAGCUGGACUCAGAGUGCCAUUACUUCUGCCAUAUGGACAUCGUCUGGGUGACCACGCCUAGUAAGACAACUGUUUAUGGCUUGGGCAGUCCAAUAGCUCGAUGGCGCAGAUCUACAGACCGCUGCCUGUGCGCAAACCCUGCUGACCAAACCUGCAACAGCUUCUGUGUCCACCGCUCAAAGAAUGUCGCUGCCAUGCUGAAGACUCAGUCUAAACCAGUACAGGAAAAUUCUGACCUCCAGCCUGUCUUAGAAAACCUGGACAAUGCUGAACCAGUGGUGAUCAUUGAGGGAACUGAAGAUAAAGCUCGUGCAAAUGUCCUGACAUUCCUCAGAAGCCUGAUGAAAGCUAAGUUCCAGGCCAUGGAGAGAAAUGUUCGUCAUAGUGAAAGGGGCGCCAAAGCCCAUAAACCAGGCUACAGCUAAACCCAGCCUGGAGACAGCAGCAAGAAGUGAGAGCACCUGAACAAAAGACGACCCUCAUGGAUCGUAGGGCAGCAGAACAAAUAUGUGUCACGAGUUGGAGAUGGCACAUACAGAGCGAAAGAAAAGGCCUGAAAUGGCAGUGGUGGUGAAGUUCAUGAUGGUAACCAAGGCCUUUAAGGCAUGGCUGUCUGUUGUCGUCAGGCAGUAUGGAGGCUGGAAUGUCUUGUAAUGCAAGCAUCACUGUAAUGCAACCACUUCUUCGAGUGGUUAGCCACCAAAAGAAAUACUGACAAGAAUUCCAAAGCCAUGAAGGAAAGGGGAAGCUCUGAUAUUGUCCUGUUUUACAUUCCUAUAGAAAGCAAUAACUCAGAGAACAUGUGUAAUCUUAGUUUGAAAGGAGACAAAAUGGGAGAGUCACUGUUAAAGGUAGUGUAACGAGGAUCCAAAUGUCUUAGGACUACAUUUGUAGAACAUACCAUUCAUCACACUGAAAUAUUUCCUGGUCAGCCUUUACAAUAACUUCAAAUCUCACUGGCUGUUGUGAGAGUUGUUUUCAGCAGUGUGUUUAUACUGUAGACUAGCUGUUUGUUAUCUGUCAUAGCAACAGCUUACAAUAGAGUGUGGUUUACUAAAACACUUUCCUAGUUAUAGAAUAGCAGGGGAAACAUAAUUUAUUUCUAAUUACUCAUCAAGACAAUGUCACUGAAAGUAAUUUUAGACAGCUUGCAAUUUAGAGCUUGCAUGAAAGUACAAUUGAAACCAAGCUUGAAAUGACUCAUAAGGUUGUGGGUUAAAGAGAGCUGGACAGUCAAAGGAAAGCUAUGCUUGGAAAGUUGAGCAAUUGUCUUGGAAGAGCUUUUUGAGGGACAUACCAGCAUGUUUGCUGUGUCAGCGUGUUUACAUAGUGGGAGUUAUGUUCAUGGCAUAAUAGCUUUGCUUCGGUUAAGCUAUAGUGAAGAAGUACAUAUUCUUUGUAAGAAUUUACUCAAACUAUUCACUUGUGUUUGUUUAAUCUUUAAAAGCUGCACAUGUAUAUUAGACGUGAUAUUAGUAAAUGUGUUAGAAUUUCACCAAUAUACAAUCUGUAAUUUUGC